AUGUCACAGACUUGUCGCCUGUUAUAUACCAUACUCAAUCCUCAGCUUUACUCGAGAUUUGCGAAUAGUUGCGAUCCCAAUAUUCUGCGCCUUGUUAAGACCGGCAAUUCAGAUGCCCUACGCAUGCUGCUGUCUGCUGGUUACAAACUUUUCGAUUUCAUGGACACACCACAACUUUGGUGGAGAGAAGGUGACACCUUCGUGGACAACAAAACAUGCUCGAGUCCUAUGAUAAUCGCAGCAACACAGGGUCAUCUGGGGAUUCUUCAGAUGUUAAUUGACAAUCUGCCUUCAAUCAUCACAAAGUCUGCUUUUCGAUCCUGGCAUCUUCUAUGCCGUGCAGCCAUGUGCGGUCAUUUGGAUAUAGUGAAGUUCCUAAUAGCUCAAGGUGUCCCAGUGAACUAUAUUGACAAGGUGGGGACCACUCUGAUGCAAUCGGCAACUAGGGGAGGACAUUUGCCGGUGUUUCAAUACAUAAUCGAAGAGACUACGUGCAAAGAUCAAUUACAUGCUGUGGCAGCUGAUCUGCUUUAUCGUGCUACAAAUGCAGGUCAUUUGGAGAUUGUUAAAUACCUGGUAAAAUGCGGUGCUGACUUUACCUAUCCAAGCUGCAAACAUAGCCCUACCUCGGCUUUUGACUCUGCCAUUACAUGGGGCUAUGAAGACAUAAUAUCAUUCUUCCUCGACAAUGUCCCUCCCAAACUUCUGGAUAAUAUGAUCAUCAGCGGCUGGAAUUCAAUGUUGCGACCUUGUUACCGCGAUAACCCCAACCCCUUUCGGCGAUCUCCAUGGGAAAAACCACGCCUUGCUCAGGCAAUAUUGGACCGAGUCGAUCUGGAAACAAAACUCGCGGCUAUUACUCCACUUGAGCAAGCCUAUUUACUUGCUGUAGCAGCAGAGACAGGAAACAUGCCUCUUACUCAACGACUCCUUGAUAGCAGUCGUGGGCCUGUCUUACCCCGGAUUAGUUACACACCUGUGUGCUGUUCAGUCAAUAACGGGCAUGCCGAAAUCACAGAAGCUUUCCUUCGUUUCCCGAAUUAUCCUGUCUCCCAAAUUGAUGUUUUCACCGCGGCGAAAAAGGGGGAAACAGCCGUUGUGCUCAGGCUUCUCCACAAAGUUGAAAACAAGGAUUUCAAGAGAUUUGCCGCAGUUGCAUUGAAUACAGCUUGCCACUCAGACCAAUUCAUAGCCGUGAUGGAAAACACUCUUGGUGCUCUCAGCAAGUAUGACGUGGAGACUUUGAUAUCGUUGGCGACAAGUUCGGCUGAUCUCCAAGCUUCUCGUGCAGGCCGCUUGGAGGUUACGAAAUUUUUACUUGAAAAGGGAGGCAUACAACCUUUUGACGAGAUAAACAAACAACUUGAUUAUCUGGGUCGACAUUCUGCUAAGCCGAUUUCGUUCCUAGAGCAUGCAGCGGCCGUUUGCCCAGUGGAUCAAUUUCGAGCAGCACUUGCGCAAUGGAAUUUUGAGCUUGACCCAUACAACGAUUACUGCAAAGCUGCACUUGCUGCUUCUGCUCUUCACAAGAAUGCAGAAACACUUCAGGUAUUUAUUGAGAGAGGAUUCGAUGUUAAUUCGACACAUCUACACGGUCAGACCAUCUCGCCGUUGCUACAUCUAGUCGUGGAAACAUUGGAUGAGAAUGGCCGGGUCGUUGACAGGAACGAUGAACGCGCGCAAGUACAAAUUGAUCGAAUCGACGGGCAUACGUGGCUGGGUCACAUAAAUCCACACUCAUCAAUACAAUUGCUCAUCGAGCAUGGUGCUAGAAUCAACCAAGCGGACUCGGAUGGCCGAACUGCUCUGUUCUUAGCCACAGAAAGAAUGACACUAGCUUUAGCAGAGGAGCUGCUGAGACUAGGAGCCAAUCCUCUAAUCAAGGGGUUAGGAAGGGGCAGCGCUCUCCAGCUGGCCAUUUCCCAGGCCCAGAUAAAAUAUGUGAAAGCCUUCUUGAAGGCCAUGCAGGCUCGCUCUUUCACCUGUGAUAACUUUCUCGCCCUCGUCCCUGAGACUCUGCCAAUUGGGAUGCUGCCAAAUAGGGCUUCUGGCGAGCGAUUUUCUGUCCCUGCAGGACAUCCAUUGUCGCAACAUCGAAUGCUUGCUCGAGAUGGACACAUGGGACCUACCAAAACAUUUCCAUCACCUUGGGGAGAUGGGGAUAGGCGAGGAAGUACAAGUUCAGAGUACCCCCCCAAGCACAGAUGA